AUGGCUUCCGGGGGCCGGGAUCCGUGGUCCGGUGACGUGGAAGAGGAUGCCUCACAGCUUAUCUUUCCCAAAGAGUUUGAAACAGCGGAGACUCUUCUAAAUUCAGAAGUUCAUAUGCUUCUGGAGCAUCGAAAGCAACAAAGUGAGAGUGCAGAGGAUGAGCAGGAAUUCUCAGAAGUCUACAUGAAAACUUUAAAGUACACUUCCCGUUUCGGUCACUUCAAAAACAAAGAGACCAUUACAAGUGUCCGCAGCUUGCUGCACCAGAAAAAGCUACACAAGUUUGAGUUGGCCUCUUUGGCCAACCUUUGCCCAGAGACUGCGGAGGAGUCCAAGACUCUGAUUCCAAGCCUGGGGGCGCGAUUUGAAGAUGAGGAACUGCAGCAGAUUCUUGAUUCUAUCCAGACAAAGCUCAGUUUUCAGUAUUAAUCUCCAAACUUCACUCAGCUUCUUGGGGGACUCACAUCCCCCAGCACAGCACCACCCUCUCAGGGGCUGGUCCUGCCUUGCAGAAGCUAUUGCAAAAGACAUUUGGAAUUCUUGAAGAGGACAGUCCUUCUUGGUAUGGGUUUAGGUUGCUGCUUCAAAUGUGACUCUUAGACCAUAAUGACCGUAUAAUCUCAGAGCCGACUUGCAGUGACUGC